UAGACGUUUUGAAUUCAUUUGAAUCGUCAUAGUUAUCAGUAGUUGUGACCAGGUUUCACAAAAACAAGUGUUUAAAAUGUCGGUAACGCGUGUUUUGCAUCAACGGAUAAGCUCUGUCAUGGGCAUAUUAGCCUCAGCUGCUGUGACCGAGAUUUGCAAAUUAGUGGACGAUUGCUGUGGAGCGUUACGUGUAGAAGUCUCUCAAAGCAAGGAGCAAAUCCUAUUGCUAGAGAAGCAACUCAGCCUGGCGGAGUCGAGGUACAGGUCGGUGAGUGGCAAAGGGCUGACGCCUGUCACCGGCGACUCACCAAUAAUCAACAGUUCGUCGAGCGAUUCACCCGCGGCGAAUGCCGAUGAUGCGGACGAAGAGGAAGUUAACACUCUUGAGGUGGACGGUGUCAAUGGCAAUCAGCACGCUCUGUGGAAAGAGGUAUCCACAGCACCAACUGAUGAGGCUGGGCCCCUCACACUGACCCCUGGCCCCAUAGUCAGUUCCAAUGAGGACACUGGGCCCCCCGCAAUGACCCCUGACCCCAUAGUCAGUUCCAGUGACAUACCCAGGAAGCAACAUAUUACCAGUUUCCGAGUUGGUGAAACUCCCAAGAUACAACCGUGCACCACGUGCUGCUCCCUCUACCACUGCCCCUUCUGCCGACCGUCUGCGUUCAAACCCAACGAGUUACACCGGAUCAUCCCACACAUCCAGAGCCACCUGAAAAGUGCAGUUCAGAAUGACGAGUACAUCGUCUACAACUGCAAACUGACGUGCAGAGACUACCCUCACUACCACUGCAGCUAUUGUGACCAUGUACUCUGCAGAAAAGCGUUGUUUAUAGAACAUUUCAGAGCUUGCAGAAAGCGGAACGGGACUCAAAGACCUGCCCGUGUUCAAGCUCAAUCUCCAUCUGUUGCUCCACCCCUCCAGCAACAUCCCUCUCCAGCCCAGAGACCUCUCGCCCAUUCAACAUCCACACCUGUCCUGCCUCUCACAUUUAUACCUGCUGUCCCUUCCAGCUCCAGACCUGCCACCCCUCCGAGCUUACCAGUCGCUCUUCAAACUCUAAACACAGACACACCUCCAAUGGAAAAACCAGAUGCUUCUUCCAGUCACAAUCCGGUCACACGCCAGGAUUCGGAACCCUCCUCGCCCGAAGUGUACAGCUGCCCUCCUACGCCGCUGAUUGAGACCGAGAGACCGCAAAGACCUUCCCAAAGGGACGCAGUUCCUGUACAGACUCAGUGUGACCACUGCGGCAUCAUCCUAAACAAGAAGAACUUCAAGGUUCACAUGAAGAGGAAACACCACGAAGAGUACAUCGCUGCGGAGAACGAGGAGGCCCUGAGGAGAUACCUGGCCGAAUCCAAGAUGGACGUGCCACCCUGGUGCCGUACCACCAAGGUCCAGUGCGAUCUCUGCGGAAUCAGACUGAACAAGAAGAAUUUCAAGAACCACAUGAAGAGGAAACACAAGGUGAACGUGACGGCGUCGGCCUUCCAGGAAGCUUUCGACCGGUGCCUGGGCGAACAAGGCCUGUUGGUGGUCGAGAGCUCGUUGCCCGGCUACACUUAUACUAGGACGCAGGAAAGAGGAAGGCGGAGGGAAGAGCGUGACAAUGACCUCUUUCCGGACAUCGACAUGGAAGAAGAACAAAGCGACAGGUUCCCGGACACUGGCGCACUACUGGCCCAGGAAACGGACAUGGCAACCCAGCAGUUGCAAGGAGAGAGAGUGCUGACUGGAAUGAAUGCUCAGAGGUACCAUGGUCUGGGGAAACCUCAUCUCCUGGAGCUUCCUCUUGAGUCGCUGGUGUGGAUCUUCCGGGACGUACUGCGUGUGGAUGGAAAGAGAGGCUACUGGAACCUGUCUCUGGUCUGCAGAACCUUCAAUGCCAUCCUGACAAAUGAAAUCAUCAGGAAGUACUCCACAGGGAAGAGAUCUGAUCCUGAACCCCUGUAGUUACUUAGAGGAGAAGCCAGUACAUUGUGCUUACAGGUUACUGUGAAUGACAUAAUGUGCUAAUAUGCUCACUGCAUACACACCUAUUACCAAUGUUAUUACUACCAAUGUUUAUUUUUUUAUUUACAACGUUCUCAUUUAUUGUAAAAACAAAAAGCAAAAUGGUAUCUAGUUGUUUUGCUAUCGCUGAGGACUAUCUGAAAUCCCAUUGGCUAUUUAUCCAUUCUAUAUUCAGAUUUUGUAUAUAUUUUUACUGUUAGUGUUCAGAGUUAGAGUGCAUUCUCAGUGUAGUGCUUCAGUUAUUUUGGAGACUACUAACCCUUAGCCUACUCAACAAAUUACUUACUUUUAAUUGAUGGAAUGUAUUUAUUCCUUUAUAAUUCAGUUGUAUUCUGAUUUUGUAUUUUUGUACUUGAACUAAAUAGUAAAAUCAUUUUUGGAUGACA